AUUUGCACCUCGAUGUGGAAGUCCCUGGCGUACAACAAGGCCAUCCCUGAGCCCAAGGCAGUCGAGUCCACGGAGCUCGUGGUGUCCGAGGUCGCCCCAAAGGACGUCCCGGAGACCGUGGUUGGGCGACUACAGAAGGUCCUCGAGUACUUGAACUCGAUUGCCAACCAUGCCGCGGUCACCGUCCCUCAGAUCUAUCAAAAGACGGGCAUUGAUCUCGCGUCGCCUGGUGAGUACGAGGUGUGCGAACGCGUGCGCAACAACCCCAAGGUCCGCAUUGAAGGCGACAAGUUUGCAUACAAGGCCAAGUUCGACAUCAAGACCCGCGCCGACGUCCUUCGCCAGCUCAAUCGGUCCCCGGAAGGGAUUCCAUUCCGAGACCUCAAGGAUUGCUACAAGAACGUCGAGGACGACCUCCGCGAUCUCACGCGCAUCGGGACAGUCAUUUGCAUCCGCAACACCGAGGACGGCAACGACGUGUACUACCCGCGCGGCGGUCAGUUUCUCGUCGAGCUGUCGGGGUCGGGGCUGGUGGAACAUGGAUGCUUCAUUGUGGCCACGAAAGAAGACAUCACGAGUGAGAUUCGACGCGGCGACGCCAUCAAAGUCGGCGACCAGUGGUUUCGCGUGUCGGCGGCGCCAAAGACUGGCGGGGGCAGUAGCCAGCCGCAGACGUUCAUGGCGGGCAUGACGUCCAAGAGCGUGUCGUCUGUGCGCGAUUUGAACCUCUCGGCGUCAAAGAAGACGCGGUACCAUUUGAACUUUGACAGCGGCCACGUGCCACUGGACACGGCCUUCCCAGACCCCCGCGGCAACAUCCCGCUUCUCCAGCGCUGGGACGCCGCCCCCAAACCCGGACGUGGGCUCACUGUACCCCUCUUGAAACAUGGCUGUACGAACGACGUGCGCCAGCUGUGGCGCGAUACGCUGCGCGACUGGCCCGCGGAUCGCUUGUCAUUGGAGCGCAAGUUACUCCAAUGUGGCCUUAUGACGCGAGACAUGCACGAAGCCAACAUGCAUCGGUCGAAGAUGCGCAAAGUGCACGGCGGCAAAGGCAACAAAAAAGUCAUGCGACAGCGUAAGCAGCGCGAUAUUAAGAUCACAAACACGCACUUGGUGGGCACGGCGCUGGGCGAAGCGCUGGCGAAAGGCGGGAACGACGGGUUCACGCUCGGGUCAACUCAGUUUGACAAGGCGUAAUCAUAACGUGGAAUUGAAAUACCAGCGAAAUAGAUGAAUGGGGUGAUAGAUGAGUCGAUAGAUGAAUCAGGAGCGAAACGAGAUAUUGGAC